UGAUCGGCCCCCUCGCGCCUCCGGCCCGCAGACCCCGAGGACGCGGCCAUGCCGGGCGGGGCCGAGGCUGGCGAGGCGGAGGACGAGGCCGGGGCCGGCUCGGGGUCCGAGGCGGAGGAGGACGCUCUGUGGGAGCGGAUCGAGGGCGUCCGGCACCGGCUGACCCGCGCCCUCAACCCGGCCAAGCUGACGCCGUAUCUGCGCCAGUGCCGGGUCAUCGACGAGCAGGACGAGGAGGAGGUGCUGAGCACCUACCGCUUCCCGUGCCGCGUCAACCGCACCGGGCGCCUGAUGGACAUCUUGCGCUGCCGCGGCAAGAGGGGAUAUGAGGCCUUUCUGGAAGCCUUGGAGUUCUACUACCCCGAGCACUUCACGCUGCUCACGGGCCAGGAACCUGCCCAGCGCUGCUCCAUGAUCCUCGAUGAGGAGGGGCCCGAGGGCCUGACCCAGUUCCUGAUGACGGAGGUGCGACGGCUGCGGGAGGCUCGCAAGAGCCAGCUGCAGAGGGAACAGCAACUGCAGGCUCGCGGUCGGAUGCUGGAGGAGGAGCGGGCCGGACUGGAGCAGCGGCUGCGGGAGCAACAGCAGGCACAGGAACGCUGCCAGCGGCUGCGGGAGGACUGGGAGGCGGGCAGCCUGGAGCUGCUGCGGCUCAAGGACGAGAACUACAUGAUCGCCAUGCGCCUGGCACAGCUCAGCGAGGAGAAGAACUCAGCCGUGCUGCGCAGCCGGGACUUGCAGCUGGCGGUAGGCCCUGGGAAGGUGGGCAAGGUAGAGCUGGCUGGAGCAUUUCCCAGGAUCCGAGGAGUGAAGAGGGUGGCCUAGGCUCCCCCCACGCUUCACUGCGUCUGCUUCCUCUGACAUGGAUGUGGGGUUUGCUGUGAGGUUUUCCUAGAAGAAAGUUCUGCUUCUCAGAGAGGAAAGUGUGACGGCCACCGGUCCAGCAGCGUCAGGAGGGGCGUGGCCUGUGUCACCGUUGGGUUGGGUCCCCUGAAGUGGCAGACGUGUGCCUGUGAC